AUGGCGACGAUGGCUGAGUUUAUCCAACAGUCCGAGAUAAAUGAUGGGAUACGCUUCUCUUGGAAUGCAUGGCCUGUUUCUCGAUUAGAGUCUGCUCAAUGUGUAGUACCUAUCGGGUGUUUAUAUACUUUAUUCAAAGAGCGUUAUGACUUUCCUCCAAUCAAUUACGAACCUGUUUUCUGCACUCGAUGCCGUGGUAUUCUAAAUCCUUAUUGUCCAUUUGACAUAAGAAGUCGUACAUGGACAUGUUGUCUAUGUAACACACGUAAUAAUUUUCCACCUCAGUAUGCUGGAAUGACCGAACAAAAGUUGCCUGCAGAACUGAUGGCUCAAUUUACCACACUUGAAUAUACUAUCCCUAAAGUUCAACCAGUCCCUCCAAUCUUUGUUUUUGUUGUGGACACGUGUAUUGAGGAACCAGAAUUCACUCAACUCAAAGAGUCGAUCCAGUUAUCACUGAGCUUCUUACCACCACAUGCUCUAGUUGGAUUAAUCACCUUUGGCAAAAUGGUGCAUGUUCAUGAAUUAGAAACGGGGCCAAUUGCUAAAUCAUGGGUAUUCAAAGGUACUAAAGACUAUACUGGGAAUCAAAUUCAAGUUAUGCUUGGUGUUGGUCGCAGUUCUGGUCAACCUGCUACUUUUAAUGCACGUCCCAGUUCUGGUGUCAAGGGUGUCUACGGUUCUGAACAACAAUUCCAGCAACAACCUCCUCAAUCCCAACCUCAAAUGGCCCAAUUACCUUACAACAGAUUUAUUCAACCCAUGGAAAGAUGUGAUGCUGUAUUGACUGAUCUUCUUACUGAAUUACAACCAGAUCCUUGGCCUGUACCACAAGGCAAACGUCCAUUGCGUUCAGUAGGUACAGCUUUAAGUAUUGCAAUAGGCCUUUUGGAGUCAGCAUAUCCGAAUACUGGGGCUAGAGUUAUGCUAUUUCUUGGUGGUCCGUGUACUCAAGGUCCUGGUAUGGUUGUAGAUGAUGAUUUGAAAAAUAUUAUACGUUCUCAUCAUGAUAUGGAAAAGGAUAACUGUAAAUAUAUGCGUAGAGCUAUGAAGCACUAUGAAGGAUUGGCUAAUCGUGCUGCACAGAAUUUCCACGUUGUCGAUAUCUUUAGUUGUUCAUUAGAUCAAACUGGUUUGCAUGAAUUACGUUAUUUAACUAAUUACACCGGUGGUCAUAUGAUUAUGGGAGAUAGUUUUGCAUCAAGCCUAUUUCAGCAAACUUAUCGACGUGUGUUUAACAAGGAUGCAUCAGGUUCAUUUCUAAUGGGAUUAGCUGGUCAAAUGGAAGUAAAAACAUCUAAGGAACUCAAAGUUUCCGGUUGUAUUGGACCAUGUUUCUCAGCUAAUGUUAAAACAUCGAAUACAGGUGAACAAGAGAUUGGAAUUGGUCGUACUUCUGUUUGGCGUUUAAAUGGUUUUACGCCGUCAACUACACUAGCCAUCUAUUUUGAGGUAGCUACUUCAUCUAGCGGAAGUGGUGGGGGGGCACAAAUACCUCAAGGCGGUAGAGGAUACGUUCAGUUCGUUACACAGUAUCAACGCGCUAAUGGUCAACGGAAAUUACGUGUUACAACAGCGUGUCGUAACUGGAUUGAUUCAAGUACACAAUUACCUCAUAUGAUAUGCGGUUUUGAUCAAGAAGCGGCUACUGUUCUCAUUGCCCGUAUGGCUAUGUUCAGAGCUGAGACAACCGACAGUGUUGAUGUAUUAAGAUGGUUAGAUAGACAACUAAUUAAACUAUGCCAUAAAUUUGGAGACUAUCGUAAAGAUGAUCCAUCGUCAUUUCGAUUACCGGAUGAAUUUUCAUUCUAUCCACAAUUUAUGUUCCAUAUGCGACGUUCACAAUUUUUACAGGUGUUUAACAAUAGUCCAGAUGAAACAGCCUAUUAUCGUCACGUUCUGAAUAAAGAGGACUGCUCCAAUUCGUUGUUAAUGAUACAACCAUCCUUGACAUCGUUCAAUUUGGAUGGAAGUGAAGAGCCAGUGUUGUUAGAUACUAGUAGUAUACAACCAGAGCGCGUGUUGUUAAUGGAUAGCUUUUUCCUAAUACUAAUCUAUGAAGGUGAUACUAUUGCAAAAUGGAAGAAAGCUGGUUAUCUGGAUAUGCCUGAAUAUGCGCAUAUUAAACAGAUUCUUGAUAAGCCAAGGCUAGAAGCUCAAGAAUUAUUGAAAGUACGCUUUCCAGUUUCUCGAUAUGUUGAAACAGAGCAUGAUGGAAGUCAGGCAAGAUUUCUGUUGUCCAAAGUUAACCCAUCGCUUACACAUCAUACGAUGUAUUCAUUCGGACAGGAAUCUGGUAGUGCAGUGUUGACAGACGAUGUAUCUCUUCAAGGGUUUAUGGAACAUUUGAAAAAGUUGGCUGUAUCCAGCUCUGCAUAA